AUGAGCUGGUCAGGAUUCAAGAAGUCCAUGAACAGGGCGGGCACAACCAUCCUGCAAAAGGCAGGCCAGGUCGAGCGCACGGUCGACCAAGACUUCGCCACCGAGGAGGCGAAGUACAAACAAUUCGAGAAGGAGUGCCAGGCCCUGCAGAAAGACGGCAAGGGCUACCUCGAUGCCAUGCGCGCGAUGACCGCGGCGCAGCUCCGCCUCGCCGAGACCAUCGAGACCUUCUAUGGCGCCGCAGACCGCACCUCCGAGGGCUCCAUGGCCGCCCACGCCUACAAGCGCAACGUCGAGGAGCUCGACAACGGCAUCGGCCGCGAGAUGGACGUCCCAUACCGCGCGACCAUCAUGGAGCCCCUCGGAAAGAUGAACGCCUACUUCCCCAUCGUCAACGAGCACAUCGCGAAGCGCAACAAGAAGCUCCUCGACUUUGACUCGGCGCGCAGCAAGGCGCGCAAGCUCACGGAGAAGCCGAGCGACGACCCGACGAAGCUGCCAAAGGCCCAGCAAGAGCUCGACGACGCACGCGAGGUGUUCGAGAUGCUCAACGGGCAGCUCGUCGCCGAGAUCCCGCAGCUGCUCGACCAGCGCGUGCCCUACUUCGACCCGAGCUUCGAGGCCAUGAUCCGCAUGCAGUGCAAGUUUGCGGAGGAGGGCUACGAGAAGCUCAGCAGCGUCCAGCGGUACUUUGACGAUAGCGUGCGCGACGACUACGCCGCGGGCCAGCUCGACGCGCAGGUCGAGGGCGUCCUGCAGGAGAUGCGCGAGCUGUCCAUCUGCGGCGCCAGCUGAGCGUGCGUGCGUGCGUGCGUGCCCGUGGCCGCGCGCGGCGCGAUUGGGGGGUCGUGCCGCGCCCGCCGAAGGCGACGGAGCGGAAGGACCAGUGUAUUACUAUCUACCAUCAUUCAUACGCGUGCGUGCGUGCAUGUACGCGUGCGUUCAUGCUACCUUCGUACGUGGAUCGGGCAGAUUUUGGGGGGGGGGGAGGGGCGUUUCCGGGGCCCCGUUCAAUUGCAUCCGUUUCACUC